AUGCUACGACAUUCUUUGCCUUAUGGAUCUCUUAUUCUCCGUACUGAAUAUUCCAUUGAUGUAAUAUUUUCAAAACAUAAAAUAAAUAACAGUAUGUGCCAUUAGUGAUUUGAAUAGAAGUCGCAUAAAAUGAUGCGAUACUGAACGUAUAAAGUAUUUUCAUUUACAAUUAUAUGAUCUUUAUAUUAGAUUUAUUUUGUUGAUUAUUGUAUUCAAAAGUAUGUAUUUUUAUUAACAAAUUUCAACAUUUUCGUUGAUGAAUGUAGAAAAUAAAAUUUAAUUAGUAGACACAAUUCCAUUAAAAUACCUUGAUAAAUAAUUAAAAAACCAUUUUUUAUUUAAUUAUAUAUUAUCAUUUAAUAUAUUUUACAUACGCAUAUAUUACAUUAUUAUAUAAUUAUCAUUUUUAGAUCAAACUAUCAAAUUUCAAUCAAUUAUCAAAUAUUAUCAAUCGUUAUUAAGUAUAUUAUUAUAAAAUUUGCAUACAUUUACUUGCCAUUUUUAUUAUCAAAACUUAAAUUAUAUUAUACACAAUUAUUUAAAAUAAAGCAUGAAUAAAAUCUAUGUUUUAAUUUAAUUAUAUAUAUUAUCAUUAAAAUUAAAAUGACUAAAAGCAUAAUUAAAUAAUAUGAUAUUAUUUAAUUCAGUUAUAUACAUUAUUUGUAUAUACAUUUCAUACAGUAUUAUACACUUCGUACAAUUUAUGUUUCAAUAAUAGAUAUAUACUCAAUUACAAGUAAAUACUUGAAAUAAAAAUAUACAAGUGUACAAGCACAGACUAUUUAUUAAAGAAAAAAGAAAAAUAAAAAAUUUGAAACUUGGUACGUAUACACGAACAGUAACAUAUUCAUAUUUGCCUCGCAUGCCCCACUAGGGGAUCGCGGAGGAUUAUGGGUAACUGACGUACUUCCCGUAUGCGCAAGACAGUCGGGAAAUCGCGUGCAAUAA